AUGUUCCGCAACGUCCUCCGUACCACCGUCUCAUCCUCCUCUCGCGCCGCUCUGCGGCCCGUGGCACGUCCAGCCGUCGUCGCACGUCCAGCCGUAGUCGCGCAGGUCCGGAGUUACCACGCCAACGUCAUUGACCACUACGAGAAUCCCCGCAACGUCGGCAAGAUGAACAAGGACGACAUUGACGUUGGCACUGGCCUCGUCGGCGCACCAGCAUGUGGAGAUGUCAUGAAGCUCCAGAUCCGUGUUGGUGAGGACGGUAUCAUUGAGGACGUCAAGUUCAAGACGUUUGGCUGCGGCUCUGCCAUUGCCUCCUCCUCGUACAUGACUGAGCGUGUCAAGGGUCUCUCUCUCGAGGAGGCUGGCAAGGUCAAGAACACCGAGAUUGCCAAGGAGCUCUGCUUGCCCCCAGUGAAGCUACACUGCUCGCUCCUCGCUGAGGACGCGAUCAAGUCGGCGAUCAAGGACUACCAGAGCAAGCGCGCCAAGGUGCUCGCCUCGCAGGCUGCCACCUCGGCACCGGUCCAGCAGGCCGCCCACGCCUAA